AUUUUUUCAAAGUUUCCACGAUGGUCGCAACUGCUGAACUCCUGUUGCUCAUGCUGGCAAUCUUAACCCUCGGAAGUUACACGGUGUCCGCAGAAACCCAGAAUCGCACCGAAUUCUACACCUCAACGGUGGGCAUGGAGCGGCUGCUGCAGAGUGAGCUCGCGAUCCUGGACCGGCUGGACACGAUCAUCGCAAAGUCGGAGGCGGAGAUCGCACUCUUAAAGCGGGAGCGCGACCGACUGAGGGCGGACGUCGCGGGCGCGAAGCAGAACCCGAUCGCUUACGUGUCCAAUCCGAUCAGGGCGUUCCUGAUGACGAAGCGACUGCUGCUGGACUAUCGGGAUAUUGACGCACGGGUUAGGAGGGGGGUGGGGGUUGAGUUGAUUGAUGCGUGGACGGCGUUACCCGGGGUGGAUGAUCUGCAGGGGGUCGCCGAGGGGUUGUCGAGGUUGCAGGAGGUGUAUAAAAUGAAGGCUGCUGAGCUGGCGAAGGGGAAGGUGAAUGGGGAGAGGGUGGUUCGGGAGUUGAGUGUGGAGGAGUGCUACUGGAUUGGUAGAGCUAUGGCACAGGGAGCGUGCUUCAGGAAUGCAAAUCAGUGGUUCCGGGAAGCGCUGGAUCGGUUGGAGGUGGAGGAAGCGUGUGAAGUUAGUAGGUUUGAGAUUCUGGACUACUACUCGCACAGUUUGUCCCAGGUCGGAAGAUACGAGGAAGCACUAGAGUUGACGAAUGAACUGCUGGAGAUCAAUUCAACCUUUGUUGGAGGUAUCGCGAAGAAGAAGGUCAUCGAAGGUGGGCUGGAUCACAUCGAGAGAAACGGACGAAAGCGCAAGCUGCCAAAGCCGGCUAUAAUCAAGCUCUAUGAAAAGUUGUGUCGUGGAGACUACGAACGUCCAGUCGAGGUAACGUCCCAGCUGUUUUGUCGGUAUGAGACAAGCGCUACACCGUUUCUGCGGUUGGCGCCCUUGAAGCUGGAAGUGAUCAAUCUGGAUCCGAUGAUCGUCGUCUACCACGCAGCGGUAUCCGACCGGGAGAUUGCCAAGCUCAUCGAGCUUGCUAGACCGCUGAUCAAGCGGUCGGCAGUGGGUGAUACCAAGAAUGAGCAAAUCUCCAAAAUCCGAAUCAGCCAAAACGCUUGGUUCGAGGAUGAACACGACCCGAUCGUGGAAACUCUCAACCAGAGAUCACGGGACAUGGCCGGAGGGCUGCGCGAGCCGUCCUACGAGAUGCUGCAGGUCAACAACUACGGACUCGGGGGGUUCUACUCCAUACACUACGACUGGAGCCCGAGCGCGAACCCGUUUCCGAACAAGGGCUUGGGGAAUCGCAUCGCGACGCUCAUGUUCUACCUAAGUGACGUUCAGGAGGGUGGUUCCACGGUCUUUCCACGGCUGAACCUGGCAGUGCGUCCCCGGAAGGGAACCGCGAUCUUCUGGUACAACCUGCAUCGCAACGGCAAAGGGGACAAGAAGACGCUGCACGCGGCUUGUCCGGUGCUGAUCGGAUCCAAGUGGGUCGCCAACAAGUGGAUCCACGAGCGCCACCAGGAGUUUGUACGACCUUGCGAGCUGGACCCGAAGAAGUGAAUAAAAUUGAAAGUUACGGAAUUUCAUGGUAUUACUUACGCU